UGCGAAAAUAAAGAAGGUAUCUUUCAACAAAAUGGCGGAAAACGUGGAGAAAAUGCCCGUAGACGAAGACGGUGAUGAUGUUGAUGGAACCGAGGAAGCCAUGGACGCUGAGGGAAACUCAGACUCUGAUAGCUCGGACAGUGGAGACGAAGAUCAGCUUGAACAGAAAAUAUACGAGCUCCAGCAAAAGGUGACUGAGAAUCCCUACAUCUAUGAUCUUCACACGCAGCUGAUCACGACGCUCCGCCAGGCAGGGGAACUAGAACAGUUGCGGCAAGCCAGGGAGAAGAUGAGUGAAAUAUUCCCCCUCAGUGAAGAACUAUGGUUGGCGUGGCUGAGAGACGAGGUGCCCCUUGCCACUGCUGAGGGAGAUCGAUCCAAGAUGGAGAAGCUGUUCAAGCAAGCCACAGAAGACUACUUGUCUAUCUCAGUUUGGUUGGAGUACGUGCAGUAUGCGAUCGGCGGGAUGGGGGCAGAGGAUGGCAUGCAGAAUGUCCGGGCUGUGUUUGAGAAGUCCAUCACAGCGGCAGGUCUCCACACCAGUCAGGGAGCCAACAUCUGGGAGGCCUACAGAGAGUUUGAGAAUGCUGUACUGGCCGGCCUCAUGCCUCAGCCCGGGACAGUGCCGACUCCGGAGCAAGAGGAAGCCUUCGCUGCCCAGAACAAGCGGGUCCAGAAUCUGUUCAGGAGGCAGUUGGCUGUACCCCUGUUAGACAUGGAGGAGACACUGCAAGAGUUCGAGGAGUGGAGUGGGGGCCAGGCUGAGAGUGGGGUGAGGCAGGCCUACGUGAAGGCUGUUGAACUGCUGGACAGACUCCGGCCACUGGAGGCAGCACUUCUGUCUGCAGAGCCCCCAAGGUACAAGGAGUACCAGGCCCUGAUUGAGCAUGAGCUGGCCCACGAUGACCCUGCCAGGAUCCAGUGUGUGUUCGAGCGAGCACUACAGGAGAACUGCCUCCACCCCGACCUGUGGCUGCAGUAUACAAACUACUUGGUUAACAAGCUAAGGAUCCCCUCCCUUGUGUUGCCUGUGUUCGAGAGAGCUGUGCGCAACUGUCCGUGGUCGUCACAGGUCUGGCAGGGCUACCUGCUGGCUCAAGAAAGACGUGGCGAGACGUUCGACACUGUGAAAGGCACCUUUGAACGGGCACUCACGUGUGGAAUGGCCACUGGGUCGGACUACCUGCUGCUGUGGACAGGAUACUGUGACUACCUGCGGAGGAGAGUGGACUGGCAGUCAGAUCACACAGAGCAGCUGAAGACACUGCGAACAACGCUGCAGAGGGCCGUGGACCACCUGAUGGAGCAUUUUGGGACUGAGGGUGACCCGACUGGCAGUCUGAGACAGUUCUGGGCCACGAUGGAGGGUAAAUUUUGUAAAAACAUGGAGAAGGCUCGAGAGCUGUGGAACAGCAUCAUGACCGAGGGCCACGGCAGCACGGCGAGAAUGUGGCUGGAGUACUACAGACUGGAGAGGAUGUGUGGAGAUAACAAGCACUGCCGGAGGCUGCUUCAGAAAGCCCUCAACUCUGUCACGGACUGGCCUGAAUCCAUCACAGAGGCCUACAUCAACUUUGAGAGGGAGGAGGGAAGUCUGGAGUUGUAUGACCUGGCAGUGGUCAAGUGUGAAGCUCAGCUGAAGAGGAUCAACGAGAGAAGAGAAAAGGCAGCUCAGAAGGAAGCCAUGCAGGAGGAGCAGCAGAAGAAUCAGAAAUCUGUAAAGAAAAUACUGAAGAAAUCAGAGAAACAACAGCACAAUCAACAACAACAACAACACAAACAACAACAGCACAAGUCGGGGAUCAAGUCUGAGGUAGAGAUGCAGGCGGGACAGAAGAGAAAGUUCAAGGAGGAGUUCAAGACUCCCCCACCCCCAGGGUUCAAAGGGGAACCACCCCCGGGCUACAAGGGCGAACCCCCCACCAAGAAGGCAAAAGCUACCAAGCCCGAGGGACCACUCCCCCAUGUUACAUUCAUUCCCAGCAUGCGGGGCGGCCGUGUUGCGUACUCUGCCGGCUUCAAGUACACGGUCAACAGCACUCGGGCCACGACCACGUACUGGAAGUGUCGAGAAUACAAGUGCUCGGGGACCUUGGUCACACGUAACGAUGUUGCUGCAAGAGCAUGCCCCAGGAAACAUAAUCACCCACCAUCGCCAUUUUUAUACGGGCAAGACUUCUUCAAGUACCAACUGAUGGAGCGUGCCCGAAGAGAGGCUGUGCCUGUGCCAAGAAUCUACAAGGAAGAACUUGCCCGGUUGACACAAGUCUCAAGUUUGUUGCCGGCCAAGAUGCUUCAUGUGAUACCUUGUUUUGAAUCCGUCAAGACGUCCAUGUACCGAGAACGCCACAAGGCACAGGUGGAAGGAAAACGGUGUGACCUCCGACCCCUGGCUGGUCACCAGGGUGAAAGUGAGGCUGGUGGUCAUGACCUUGGGGAGGUGCAGUUGAACAGUAAACAUUGUGCUCAAGAUUGGAAUUCAAAUGUGGAAUCUCUUGCCAACACAUACAUUGACAACACACACAUUGACAACACACUUAUUGACAACAAGAACAUUGACAAUAAAAACAUUGACAACAAACACAUUUAUCAAAAUGAUUAUGAAAUUUGUGAUAUUAAACAGUCUGCUGAUGAUCCUACCAUUGGUGCUGAGACUACCCAAUACGCUCAUGGUGUCAGCCACUGUGAGAGUUUAUAUCACGUUGAUACGGGAAGCAGGUGUGACACUGGUAGCCAUGGUGAUGUCAUGCAGAAAGAGGAGAAUCCUGCAGCUACAUCGUGUCUACAUAGUUCAGGUUCUUGCCAUCCUUUCUGUGAAAAUAUCAAGUCUGAACAUUUGUCUGAGACGUCAGAACAACACAAUUGUGAAGUUGAUGACUUUGUUGAGAGGGAUGUUCUCGGAACACCCCCCUUGACUGGAGGUGAAGGUCGUCACGCAUGUCAUCUCACGGCUGUGUGUGAUGACCGUGAUGUGAAGCCAGUGAUUAAAGGUGACGCCAGGCACAUACAGCAGGAUAUUGGGACACACCCUUUCUCAUGCGGGACACCAUCUGGGACUACAUAUGCCUGUGAUAUCCAGUCUGCCUGUAGGACACCAUUUGCCUGUGGGACUACAUCUGCCUGUGAAACACCAUCUGCCUGUGGGACACCAUCUGCCUGUGAGACACCAUCUGCCUGUAGGACUACAUCUGCCUGUGAGACACCAUCUGCCUGUAGGACUACAUCUGCCUGUGCGACUACAUCUGCCUGUGAUAUCCAGUCUGCCUGUGGGACUACAUCUGCCUGUGAAACACCAUCUGCCUGUGGGACUACAUCUGCCUGUGAUAUCCAGUCUGCUUGUGAAGAGGACCAUGGUAUUUUGGUUCAGCAUGAUUCUUCCAAGGACAGCCGAACCGCUUUUGUCAGCAAUCUGUCUUAUAGUUUGGAAGAAGAUCCCAUCAAAGAGAUGUUCAUCAAGUGUGGAGAAGUCACGGAGGUGCGCUUGGUCCGAAACUACAAGGGCAAAUCAAAGGGCUAUGCCUACGUCGAGUUUAAGGAUGAGUUUUGUGUACUUGAAGCCCUGAAAUUGGACCGAGAGUUGAUAGAAGGCCGGCCGAUGUAUGUCUCCAAGUGUGAAGACAGAUCAGCGGCCAGAUCCAAGCCACAGUUUAAGUUUGCAAUGGAGAUCGAAAAGAACAAGCUGUUUGUGAAAGGUCUCCCCUUCACUUGCAACAAGGAGGCUGUGACCAACAUCUUCAGCCAGCAUGGCAAAGUGAAGGACGUUCGUCUUGUCACCUACAGGAGCGGUUCAUCUAAAGGGAUCGCGUACGUUGAAUACGAAACAGAGGACGAGGCAACACAAGCCGUGAUGAAGACGGACGGACUCCUGGUGGGGGAGCAUACGCUAUCGGUGGCCAUCAGCAACCCCCCUCCCCGUAAACAGCCCGAGGCACGGAGGGGGGAGGAGUUCGAACGCACGCCGUCCCUGGGGAGUGGCAAGAAGGAAACUGACCAGCGAGGAAAGGUCAGGACUCAGGUGGCGCUCGUCCCGAGAUCUGUGAAGCGAGGUCCAUCAUCGUCCACCAUCAGUGCCGACUCCAACUCCACCAAUGGCCAGCAGUCUGACAAGUCAACAGCCGGGAUGAGCAACGCAGACUUCAGGAGCAUGUUGCUACAGAAGUAGGAACACAACCGGAUUACCUGAAGCACCACAGGCUGAACACCUUCAUUUGUCUGUUUGUUCCAUUCAAGACAUUGCUUGGUUUUUAUCCAGUAAGAAUACUCUUGAAUGUUACAUAUGUAGACCUGUGCAAUCGGUCUGUUCAGUAGCAUGGAGUGAAGAAGGAGCUGACACUCACAGGUCACAGGUUUGAAGGUGGUUUCUCAUCUGUUUCCUUUUCUUUACGCCCCAGUAUCGUGAGUGAACUGACGUGGAUCAGCUGAGACCCGCCAGACUCGAAUCACAUGACGAGAUGUCUCCACUCACCCAGUCUUCAUCACAACUUGGAUGAGAUGUUUAUAAUGUAAUCUCUGAAACUGACAGCGUGAACGUCAUUUUCUGGGUCCCAUUUUCUGUACAUUUCUAAUCAAUGUAUAUUAUGUGAAUAAACAUCUUUUCUUAA